CAACGCUCGUCAGUGUGUGCGCGCACGUGGAUCAUGACGUUUCAUGCAGUGCUGUGUCUGUCGCUGGCCGCUGCCGCGUUCGCGCCCAACCCUUCCACAGCCGAUGAGUGCGGUUUGAAUAACGGUGCCAUCAGUUACCGACAACCCAGGUCAGGCGGUGGAGGUUCCAAGUCCCGACUGGUCAACGGCAAGGAGACUCAAAAAGGCGCUUGGCCGUGGCAGGUAUCAUUGCAGUUACUUCAUCCAGCAUUUGGUUUUGUUGGUCAUUGGUGUGCUGGUGUGCUGAUUAAACCUACUUGGGUGUUGACAGCUGCUCACUGCAUCAGAAAUGAAAAGUUCAGCUUGCCAUUGGCAGCUCUUUGGACAGCUGUGCUUGGCGACUGGAAUAGAGAUGUAGAAGAGCACACAGAAGAGCGUAUACCCAUUGAUGAAGUGGUCAUUCACGACAGGUUUAACAAUUACCAAAAUGACAUAGCAUUAAUGAAACUGUCUAGGCCAACAAAUAUUACUAACACAAAUGUACGGUGUUUGUGUUUGCCACCAUCUACAAACAACACACCAAUUCCAAAGAUAUGUGUCACGACCGGAUGGGGCAAAGUCAAACCAAAUGGACCGUUGUCGGGUAAAUUGCGACAAAUUAAAGUGCCCGUACACAACACAUCUGUUUGUAGAGACAAAUAUGGACCAGCAGUGCCAAUAACUGAUGGCCAUUUGUGUGCUGGUAGAAUGGAUGGAAAAGGUGGUGGGCCGUGCGUGGGAGAUUCUGGAGGGCCAUUGCAAUGUUCAGGUCCAAAUGGCCGAUGGUUCUUGGCCGGUCUCACAUCGUUUGGCUCUGGAUGUGCCAGGCCAGGAUAUCCAGAUGUGUAUACAAAACUUUCAUUUCAUUUACCAUGGAUACUUAAACAAAUAAAAAUUCAUACAGAUCAAAAAUUUUAA